CCUGGCCCCCAUCCACGGCGGCAGCAUGAGAAUUGUGGGUGGUGUCGACGCCCUGGCUGGAGAGUGGCCCUGGCUUGUCAGCGUCCAGAUCCCCUCCUCCAAGGGAACGCGGCACUCGUGCGGGGGAUCCGUCCUUUCCAAGCGCUGGGUCCUCACAGCAGCUCACUGCUUCAAGACUAAGAGAAGCUCACUGAAUCACUGGAGGAUUGUGGUGGGUGCCACGGACCUUUCCAAGUUGCCGGACGAUGUGCAAAUCCGCUCGGUGCACAAAGUCCUCCUCCACCAGGAUUACAACCCGCGCACGGAGGCCAACGACAUUGCACUGAUAAAACUCGAGAAACCUGUGACAUUUAGCGACUACGUUCAGCCAGCCUGCCUGCCUCCUGUCACCAUGGGCUCUGAUACCAGCUUCUCAGACUGCCACAUCAGUGGCUGGGGCACCACCUCCCAGAACAGUGUGAAGACAUCGGACAUCCUUCAGGAGGCGAAAAUCAACAUUCUGGACACCAAGAAAUGCAACAGCAGCCAGUGGUACAAUGGGGCCAUGAGUCCUCACACCAUAUGUGCAGGAUAUGAGGAAGGGGGCAUUGACAGCUGCCAGGGUGACAGUGGGGGCCCCCUGAUGUGCAAGACAAGCCAGGAUUCCCCGUAUUACGUGAUUGGCAUCACCAGCUGGGGAAAGGGCUGUGCCCAGGCAAACAACCCAGGAAUCUAUACCUUUACCAAAGACUUCCUUGAAUGGAUCUUGGGGGAGAUGGUGGAAGCCAAAGGGCAGAAGCCCAAGAAGAAGAAGAAGAAGAAGAGAAAGUCACCUGGUGGAAUAACGCUCCUGCCUAACAGAAAGGACAUCUUGAUGACACAAGAGUCAGCAACCAAGCCAAAGGUGGCCACUGGUCCUCUGUCCACCACCGCUCCUUCAACAGCACCUGAAACCCCCACAGAGGUGCUCACAGUCCCUCUGCCCACAGAUGCUCCAGAAACAUCCUCACAGGUGCUCACAGUUCCUCUGCCCACAAAUUCCUCUGAAACUUCCUCACAGGUGCUCACGGUCCCUCUGCCCACAGAUGCCUCCAAAAAGUCCCCACAGCCGCUCACAGUCCCUCCACCCACAAAUGCCUCUGAAACUUCCUCACAGGUGCUCACAGUCCCUCUGCCCACAGAUGCCUCCAAGAAGACCGCACAGGUGCUCACAGUCCCUCUGCCCACAGAUGCCUCCAAGAAGACCGCACAGGUGCUCACUGUCCCUCUGCCCACAGAUGCAUCCAAAAAGACCCCACAGGUGCUCACGGUCCCUCUGCCCACAGAUGCCUCCAAAAAGACCCCACAGGUGUUCACGGUCCCUCUGCCCACAGCUGCUUCUCCAAAAGCCCAUGGUGCUCGCUCAACACAUCCCACCAAACGCCGUCCUCGAAGGCCCAAGGCAACUUUGAGGUCCCCGCACAAAGAUCCAGAGCCAACCAUCCUUGUGGAGCCCCCUUUCAUACCCCCAAUAAUUACACCUCCCCCGAUUGAAGCCCCAUAUGUCCCUUCAGAACGAACUGUCACCCUGGAAGCACCCUAUUUCCCCCAAGAAACAGCACCCAAACCUCUAGCUCCUCCACGUAUUCCUAAAGAAAUACAGCCCACGGCUCUAGAGGCCCCCUACAUCCCCCCUGACGUGACUGCAUCUCUGGAGCCCCCCUAUAUUCCUCUGGGGGAGCCUUACACUGCCCCAGAGCCUCCAUUUCUCCCCCACCACCCAAAUACAUCUCUCCAAAACAAGGCAGUGUCUCAUCCAAUUCCUCAGAAUCCCCGUAUGUCCCACAAGAAAGACCAUUCGCUCUGGAUCCUCCAUAUAUUCCUCCAGAGACAUCAGUCACUCUGGAGCCUCCAUACAUCCCCCAAGAAACACCCCCAGGGGCAACUGCCAUUCUGGAUCGCCCAUACACUCCGCCAGAGAACCCAAGACGCUGAGACAUCAGUCACUCUAGAACCCCCAUACACUCCUCCAGAGACACCUGCCACUCUAGAACCCCCAUACACACCUCCAGAGACACCUGCCACUCUGGAGCCUCCAUACACCCCACCAGAGGCACUUGUCACUCUAGAACCGCCAUACACCCCUCCAGAGACACCUGCCACUCUGGAGCCUCCAUACACCCCACCAGAGGCACUUGUAACUCUAGAACCCCCAUACACCCCUCCAGAGACACCUGCCACUCUGGAGCCUCCAUACACCCCACCAGAGGCACUUGUCACUCUAGAACCCCCAUACACCCCACCAGAGACACCUGUUGCCCUAGAACCGCCAUACACCCCUCCAGAGCCGCCUCUCACUCUGGAGCCUCCAUAUACCCCGCCAGAGACACCUGUGGCCCUAGAACCCCCAUAUGCCCCUCCAGAGCCGCCUCUCACUCUGGAGCCUCCAUACACUCCUCCAGAGCCACCUGUCACCCUAGAACCCCCAUAUAUCCCCCCAGAGACACCUCUCACUCUGGAGCCUCCAUACAAUCUCCCAGAGACACCUGUCACCCUGGAAGCCCCCUACACUCCCCCUGAGAUCCCGUACACUGAUCCAUACCCUCCAUACAUCCCUCCAGAGGCCCAAAAUAUCCCAGAAGGUUCAGCUGAGAACCCAGAGGCACCAUAUAGCAUUCAAGUGGCUGCUGACCCUCCCAAGUCUUACAAGCGUUCUCCAGCAUUCUAUGCUAUUCGCAUUCCCCGAGCUGCUCCUCCAGGCCGACGCUGUGGAAUUUGUGGGAGGCGCCCCUUGGCAUCCAGCCACAGCAGCUCCCUUCAGAUGGGGGGAGGCGUCAACACCUUGCCAGGAACCUGGCCUUGGAUGGUCAGCAUCCGGACGCCUUUCCGGUCAGGUUAUCAGCACACCUGCGGAGGGUCCCUCAUCAGCGCCAAGUGGAUUCUGACUGCAGCCCACUGCUUUAGAGAUAAGAGAUAUCUAGAAAAUUGGGAGCUGCUGUUGGGUUCCACUGUGCUCUCCCGGCCUGGUCCUGAUGCGGAGGUCCGCUUCCUCAAGAGGGUGGUGGAGCACGAGAGCUACAUACCACAGCAGCAAGUCAACGACAUCGCCUUGAUAGAGCUGGAUGACCCGAUCCAGUGCAGUGACUACAUCCAGCCUGCCUGCCUGCCAGAGAGCUUUGUGGACGUGUCUGCCAUGGCCCAUUGCUACAUCGCUGGCUGGGGUUACACACAGGAGAAAUCAAAUGCUCCAUCCGACAUCCUGAAGGAGGCCAAAGUGGAACUUAUUUCCCAAGAAAGGUGCAAUAGCACUUCCUGGUACUAUGGAAGCAUCAGAGUCAACAACCUGUGUGCAGGGUUCGAGGCAGGAGGCAUUGACACUUGCCAGGGCGACAGCGGCGGGCCCCUCAUGUGCCGGGAGGAUCGCUCCGAGCGCUACUGGGUGGUGGGGAUCACCAGCUGGGGACUGGGCUGCGCCAGAGCCCAGAAGCCCGGCGUCUACACCUCCACGCAGCACUUCUUCGACUGGAUCCAGAGCUACACAAGGCCGAACUCACAACCGCCCCCGGCGCCGACCGAGGAGGAAGAGCAGGCACCUGAAGAAACUGAGCCGCCUCCGCCACUCGAGCCAAAUCUGCACAUGUCUGAGUCGGACUGGUCAGAGAUAUUAGCCCCGCCGCAAACGGAAACAGCACCCGAACCAAAUCCUCAGCCGCCACCCCAGGAACCCAAACGACCGAGAUUGCUUCGGUUUCCACAGCUGCCGCCCGCAUCUGAAGCACCACCCCAAAGGGCAGAGCCACAGCCUGUAACAGACACCACAACCACGACCACGACCACCACUACCACCACCACUACCACCACCACUACCACCACUACCACCACCACUACCACCACGACACCCACCACUACUACCACAACACCCACCACUACUACCACAACACCCACCACUACUACCACAACACCCACAACUACUACCACAACACCCACAACAACAACGACCCCGUAUGAUUUCAGACCAUAUAUUCCAAAACGCAAAAAGAACAGAGAAAUGAUCACCAGCGUCAGCUACGGCAGCAGUUGGGGUAACUGGCCUGGCAAACGGGCGCCAUUGCAAGCCUGAUGUCGGCGUUUGUGAUGCAGCCCGUCCUUCUAUUAACUUUAUAAGCAUUCAGUUACGCAAGCAAAGUGUUCCACAAUGGAGCAUGUCGGUAUAUCCAAUGUAUUGAACUCGUUGUGCUUAAAAAUAAAGACAUGCCACGCUUUGCUUGUGUUCGAAUGGCGAUUGCUCGGAGUCCCAAUAUUGCAAGCUUUGAAAUUUCGGAAUUGAUGUUGCCUUCGCUGCUGUCAGCGUUGCUGCAGAAAAGCCGACUGCCGUUUGCUCCGACUCAGCAGUAAAAUGCAGGCUCUCCCAGAGAAAGUAGCAGGGCAGAAAAUAAAAGCCACUGGGGCACAGACCUGGAAUCCCUAGAAAGUGCAGUAUGAAAGGGAGUGUGGAUGAACCCCAAGAGAGGAUUACUGGCCUAUCUGCUUUUUGUCUGCAUCUCCUCCCUCCACUUUUCCAGGCAUC